AUGCAGAUGAAGCAAUUGAUAAUGCAGAUGAAGCAAUUGAGAAUGCAGAAGACGCAAUUCACAAUGCAAUUGUAUGCUGAAAAUUCAGAUUAUACAAAUCCAAUUGAUGCUUCUGGUUUAGAUCUUAGAGGAUCAUUUGUUAGUGUGGUAAGAGAAACUUUUGAAGAAAUUUUGGAAUUGUAUGAAAAACAUGCUGCUAUACUGGGGUUUUCAAUAAGAAAACAUACAACUAGAUUCAAACAACACACAAAAAUAGUAACUGAGAAAAACUAUGUGUGUUCUACUGAGGGAAAGAGACAUUCAGGUCAGAAGAAAACAAAGUUAGUUGAAAUGGUUGAUGAAGAGGAUGUAAAUGUAAAAACAAGAAAGCCAAGACAAGUAUCCAUUACAAGAUCGAAUUGCAAGGCAUGCAUAAGAGCAAAAGUGAAUAAAGAAGGACAGUUUGAGGUGGUGGCUCAUGUUAUUCAGCAUAACCACGAGCUAACAAAGCCACAGUGGCAUUAUUUGCAUCGUUCUGAAAGAAAAAUGACAGAGGAAAAAGCUGAAGCAAUCAAAACAAUGAAAUCUUCAGGUCUAACUACAAUGGACACUUACAAUUACAUGGCUACAGAGGCUGGAGGAGAACAGAAUGUAGGCCAUAGUGUUGUAGAUCACCUGAAUUUCUGCUCAAGGUUAAGAAUGGAACAAAUUGAGGCUGGAGAUGCUCAAACUUUAGUGAACAUUUUAAGUCAGGAACAAUCAGAGGAUCCAAACUUCUUUUUUAGAGUGAAGUUUGACAAAGAAGGAAGAAUUUGCAAUAUCUUUUGGAGAGAUGCAAUGAUGCUAGAAGACUAUAGGAUAUAUGGAGAUGUUCUUGUCUUUGAUACAACAUACAGAACCAACAGAUAUAAUCUUAUAUGUGCUCCAUUUGUUGGCAUAAAUAACCACUGGUAUAAUUGUAUGUUUGCUUGUGCUUUUAUUGGGGAUGAAACGACAGAUUCAUUUGUGUGGUUACUACAAACCUUCUUCAAAGCUAUGGAGGAUAGAAAACCAACUUCAAUAUUCACUGACCAGGACCAAGCAAUGGCAAAUGCAAUUCUGGAGGUGAUUCUUAAUACAAGGCAUAGACUUUGUAUAUGGCAUUUGGAGCAAAAUACCAUAACCAGAUUUGGAGCUCUUAAAAAAGACAAAGAAUUCAAAUUUGCAUUCAACCAGUGCUUAAAAAUGUGUGUGACAGAACAAGAAUUCGAAGCAAAGUGGCAGGCAAUGUUGCAGAAAUAUGAGUUGACAGAACGCUCUUGGUACAAAAGAGUGUAUGAGUUGAAAGACAAAUGGUGUCCUGCCCUUAGUAGUGAUUUCUUUUCAGCAGGGAUCUUAUCGUCACAAAGGAGUGAAAGCACUAAUCAUGCUAUAGGAUUCAGAGCAAGUAAAGCAACUACUUUGACAGAAUUUUAUACCAUAUUUAAGAAGACAACUAAUCGUUGGAGAAGCACAGAGAAAUAUGAUGAGUUUACCUGUAGCAAGUCAAUAGCAUUCACUUCAUUGCCUCUAUCUGGAAUGCUAAAGCAUGCUGCACAGGUUUUCACUUUAUCACUCUUUAGAGAUUUUGAAGAGGAGUUUGGAUACUCUAUGGCAACAAUUGUUCAGAUGUUAGGCAGUAAUGAAGAAUGCCUACUUUAUCAAGUAACACUAGAAGACAAGCCAUGGUCUGCACAUCAAGUAAACUAUAUACAUGAGAGCCAAACUGUAUGGUGUACUUGCAAAAAUUUUGAAGCAUCUGGAUGGUUAUGUUAUCAUUGCAUCAGAAUUCUACAUUUGCAUUCAGUAACAAGAAUACCAGACAAGUAUGUUUCAAAAAGAUGGACUAAGUUUGCAAAAACAGAGGCAUGGGAUAGGUUGAAGAAUCAGGAUCCUAAACAGCAAUAUAUUCCAUGGAGGCAAACAAUGAUGAGGAAAUACUACAAUCUAAUCUUAAAAAGUCAAGAAAAUGAAGAGACAAGAGCAUUUAUGGAAGAAAGCUUCAGAAACAGUCUUAAAAUGGUGGAAGACUUACUUGCUAGUGCUGCUCAGAAAGAAAGUGCAGAAGCUGCUUCUAACAUUCCUGAUGUGGCAGACAGCACUCAAAGCAAUACUGACGUUUCUUCAGCAUCGAGUACAAGCACAAGUGUACCAAUAAUACUUGAUCCUAAAAGGGUUGUAACAAAAGGAAGAAGCAAGAGAGCAAAAGGAGGACUUGAAAAAAGCAAGAGAAAAAGAAAACCAGCACUGCCACCUCCAAAUUCAGAAUUUGGAUCAAAGACACCUAACUUACGACUCUUUUAA